AAAAUGAAAGUGUAGUAGUCUAUUUAUUAGUUUGUGUCAACUGCACAACCGUAAGUGUAAAUCAAAACUUGUGCCGGUGAACAUAAAACAAAACCAUGGGUUCUGUAAGUUUUGUGCUCCUGCUCAUAUUGGUCUGGACUUUCACGACUGUCUGUGAAGAUGAUAACUUUGAGAAGUGCGCAGUAACCUGUGAAGAUGUGACUGGAACUGUGGGAAAAGAUUUAACUCUUACCUGCAGUGUCUCUUGGAAGUGCAGUAAAUGCUGCACUAAAAUAUACAAGUUUACGGAAACUGAGAACGAGAACAGCAAAGAAAUCUGUAGACAAGAAUUCCUUGAUUCCUGUGACCAGUGGACAAACUUCACAUGUCCUUACACUCCGAAAGUAACCAUGGCAACAAAAUUCAGAUUCUGUUUGCAAACACAGAAUGGGAUGAGGACAGUAGAAUUCAGUGUGAACAUAACAGAGACUGUUGUUCCUGAACAUGUCUCUGGAGCAUGGAAGUAUCGUGACAUGGAAGAAAGCAAACAACUGGAGGACCAUGAAAAUAAGAUCUCUGUCACCAUUCCUCUUGUAAUCGGUUUCAUCAUCAUUAAUGCCAGCAUAAUAGUCCUCCUUUACAAAAAGAUGAAAUGGAACGACACCAACUCUACUGGAUUCCAGCGUUUUUUCUGCACCACAGACAUGAUGCCAAAAGCAAACGUUCAGAUAGCGUAGAAUAAUAGCAAUAUGUCUACCUCUAAAAGUUAACCUCUAAAAUUCAUAAUAUACACUAUAUUGCCAAAAGUAUUCGCUCAUCUGCCUUUACACGCAUAUGAACUUAAGUGACA